AAUAUAGUACUGUAAAUGCUUAAUAAAAGACAAAGCAUUCUUCUUUCCCCUCUUGUGCAUAUCAAGUCCCUUUUAUGUGUGAAAAGUUGAGAGAAUUAAAAUCAAAAUUUGAACAAUGUGGAUCAAGCUUUCUCUUCUUCUCCUUGCAGCAAUUUCCUUUACCCUUUUUGGCUCAGCUGCUUCUCUCAAUCGUAGUAGUUUUCCAGCAGGUUUCUUCUUUGGAACAGCUUCUUCAGCUUACCAGUAUGAGGGUGCUGCAAGGGAAGGUGGCAAGGGUCCAAGCACAUGGGACACCUUCACUCAUAGCCACCCAGAUAGAAUAGUAGAUCGUAGCAAUGGAGAUGUUGCCAUUGAUUCAUACCACCGAUACAAGGAAGAUGUGGCCAUGAUGAAGGAUAUUGGAUUUAAUGCCUACAGGUUUUCCAUCUCUUGGUCCAGAGUACUACCUCGUGGAAACCUGAAGGGAGGAAUUAACCGAGAAGGCAUCACAUAUUACAACAAUCUCAUAAAUGAAUUGGUAUCAAAUGGACAACAGCCCUUUAUAACACUGUUUCACUCUGAUCUCCCUCAAGCUCUCGAAGAUGAAUACGGGGGUUUCUUAAAUCCCAAAAUUGAGCAAGACUUUGCAGAUUAUGCAGAAGUAUGCUUUAGAGAAUUCGGUGAUAGGGUUAAGCAUUGGAUUACGUUAAAUGAGCCAGCACUUACUAGCACUCAGGGUUACGGAAAUGGUGGAUCCCCACCCCUGAGGUGCUCAAAGUGGGUGGCUAACUGUAGUGCUGGUAAUUCUGCUACUGAGCCCUACAUAGUUACACACAAUCUGAUUCUUGCUCAUGCUGCAGCAGUAAAAGUCUACAGGGAGAAGUUUCAGAUUUCUCAGAAGGGUCAAAUUGGGAUAACACUAAAUUCUGCCUGGGUUGUGCCGCUAUCCCAAUCAAAAGAUGACAUAGAGGCAGCAUCGCGUGGUCUUGCUUUUAUGUAUGACUGGUUCAUGGAACCACUUAACUCUGGUAAAUACCCUGCUGUAAUGGUUAACAGAGUCGGGAAACGGUUGCCGGAGUUUACCAGAAGCCAAUCCUUAAUGGUGAAAGGGUCCUUUGAUUUUAUAGGGUUAAAUUAUUACACUUCAACUUAUGCAGCCAAUGUACCUUGCCCACGUGGAAAGCCAAUGGUCUUUACAGACGCUUGUGUUAGAUUUACUACUGCAAGAAAUGGGGUCCUCAUUGGUCCAAAGGCUGCCUCAGACUGGCUCUAUGUCUAUCCACGAGGAAUUCAAGGUCUCCUAGAAUACACUAAGGAGAAAUUUAACAAUCCAAUCGUAUUCAUAACAGAAAAUGGGAUUGAUGAGGUUAAUGAUGGCAAAAUGUCACUUGAUGAUAAAGUGAGGAUAGACUAUAUCCUUCGCCACCUUUUGUAUCUUCAAAGGGCCAUAAGGAAUGGAGUGAGGGUGAAGGGAUACUUUGCAUGGUCAUUGUUGGACAAUUUUGAAUGGACUGCUGGAUACACUCUUCGCUUUGGACUCGUCUAUGUGGAUUUCAAGAAUGGACUGAGAAGAUACCAUAAAAGAUCAGCAUUGUGGUUCAAACUAUUUCUCCACAACUGAAAUGGUGCUCUUGUCUUUCAAUCUCCAUCCAAGUCUCAUUGUCUUGUACGGCAUUGGAAGCACCAAUUUGGUGAACUCUGAUGAGUGGCCAAGACAAGAGUGUGUCUUUGUUAUGAUAUACUAAUCUUAAUUUGGUUUUGUAGUUAGUUGUCUAUGUAUCUCCUUAUUUCCUACUAGAUGUAGACUAGUGCGUUAAUAGACAGAAGUUAUUUGGAUGAUUAAAAAGAAAACACAACUUAUUAUGAAAGGAAAAAUAACUGAUGCUAUAAUUUAUAAAUAAACUAAUUUUUUUAAGAGUAA